UUCUCUGCUUCGUAAGCUGGCUGAUUUGUUACGAUGGAUUUUGCUUGGACCUGCACAACACGUGGUCAGCAGAGCCUGCUCUAGGUUCGGAAUUGACAAACCCAAGAAAAUCAAGAUGACAAACGAGCCUAUUAAAGAGAUCCUGGGAGCGCCAAAGCAUCCUGACCCCACAACUGUUGAGAAGAGCAAUAACAACGACUGUGUGAUCACCACCAUCCCCCUGGUCAGCGAGUGCCAGCUCACGGCGGCCACGGGGGGAGCAGAGCUCUCCUGCUACCGCUGCACCAUCCCCUUCGGCGUCGUCAUCCUCAUCGCCGGCAUCGUGGUCACCGCCGUGGCCUACAGCUUCAAUUCCCAUGGGUCCAUCAUCUCGGUGUUCGGGUUGGUCCUCUUGUCCUUGGGACUCCUCUUGCUGGCGUUGAGCGCCGUGUGCUGGAAAAUUAGGCAGCAAAGUAAGAAAGCGAAGAGGCGGGAGAGCCAGACGGCCCUCGUGGCACAUCAGCGAACCCUGUUUGGGUAGAGACACCCGGGAGGAGGCUGAGCAGAAGACAGCCCUUGUAAAUCAACUUGACUAUUUAUCAGUAGGUCAGACUGCAGGAUUUAAUUUAACGUUGGAAAUGAACUGAAUGAAAAUGGAACGAAUUAAGACUCUAAAAACUCCUUAAAUGCUCUUAAUAUUUUUCUCACCGCAGACGUAGCAGUAAUUCUUUCCAAGACAGAGGAAAAAUCAUUUCCUUCGUAGCAAACAGUGUCAUCAUAACUCGCCCCAGAGCAUUCUGCAACAUGCUGAUCAUGUUGGAAAUGGAGUCUGUGAAAACUAAGAAAAUAAUUUUAAUUGACUUAAAAUGCCAGAGAUCUCCUUAAAUACUGUGACAUUUCAUGAAGGGAGAAGCCGAAGUGUAUGAAGUGACUGCAAGUUUUUUGUCCAGGUUGUCCGUGACAAUAGGACAGUGAUAAUAGAACAUUAUUGCUCAGAAAAAAAAGCAAUAACACCCAGGCAAACUGCAGAUUGCUCAAUAAGCUGAUUCUUAGAUUCUAGAACAACAGCUGUGAUAGUAACUGUGAACAUACAAACCACUGAUCUGCUCCUCAAACCUCAGCAGACCAUGGAUUUUGAUUUGACAACCCAUUCUUCUUGCAGCUUCAUUAACAACUAUUAUUGAAAAGAAUAGGGUCAGUACUUCAGACACUUACUGACAUAGUUGGUUUUGUCUAGUUAAUGAUAAUUAUUCAUGGAAGCAAAUUCAUUCAUGGAUAAGUGUUAUGAAUCUGAGUGAAAAUGCAAGUCUCGGGUGCCACCAUAUGUGCCCGAGCUGUUUUGAUUCUGUAAACCCUGUGUUCUAGAAGUCUUCCAGUCUUUCUCAGGUAAUGAAUAAGCGAGGGGCUGACCCCAAGCUGAAGCAAAGCCAAACUAUUUCAUCAUCUCCAGGAUGAAGCACAAGCAGAGCUGAGCUAAGCCGCAGGCGUCCACCUCAGUGAGUGUUUCUGAGGGUGUCCAAAGGCAGAGGGGAUAUUUGGAGUCUGCUUUUUCUUCCUCCUACGCACCCCAGAAUUGCAAGGGCUGAUGUGAUUUUUUUUAAUUAUUAUUAUUUUCUUU